ACCAGGGGGGGCGGGCGAUGUGGUGGGCGGGAGCCUGAGCCACCAGCGCUGUGGGAGCAGGUGGAACGCGUGCUGGAGCCCUCUUGGCGGAGCUGAGGGGCACUUCACGGGAGCCAUGGAUCUGCUCAAGCUGAACCGCAGUGUGCAGGGACCCGGUCCCGGCCCAGGGUCUUCUUUGUGUCGCCCGGAUGUCCCCGUUCUCAACAGCAGUAACGCCGGCAACCUCAGCUGCGAGCCCCCUCGUAUCCGCGGAACCGGGACCAGAGAACUGGAGCUGGCCGUUAGAGUCACCCUCUAUGCUGUGAUCUUUCUUAUGAGUGUUGGAGGGAAUGUGCUCAUCAUUGUGGUCCUGGGACUGAGCCGGCGCCUGAGAACUGUCACUAACGCCUUCCUGCUCUCCCUGGCGGUCAGCGACCUCCUGCUGGCUGUGGCUUGCAUGCCUUUCACACUCCUGCCCAACCUCAUGGGCACGUUCAUCUUCGGCACAGUCAUCUGCAAGGCUGUUUCCUACCUCAUGGGGGUAUCAGUGAGUGUGUCCACGUUAAAUCUGGUGGCCAUCGCCCUGGAGCGGUACAGCGCCAUCUGCCGACCACUCCAAGCACGAGUGUGGCAGACACGCUCUCACGCAGCUCGGGUGAUCUUAGCCACGUGGCUGCUGUCUGGACUGCUUAUGGUACCCUACCCUGUGUACACGGCGGUGCAACCAGUGGGACCUCGAGUGCUGCAGUGCGUGCAUCGCUGGCCCAGUGCGCGUGUCCGACAAACAUGGUCAGUGCUGCUGCUAAUGCUUUUGUUCUUCAUUCCGGGUGUGGUUAUGGCGGUGGCCUAUGGGCUCAUCUCUCGAGAGCUCUACCUAGGGCUUCGCUUUGAUGGUGACAACGAUAGCCAGACCCAAAGCCGAGUCCGAAACCAAGGAGGCCUGCCGGGUGGGGCAGCACCAGGUGGGUGAAAAGUGUGAGGGGGCGGGGCUUUGGUGAUAGGCAUGACCUCCUCACUUGGGUGGAUCUAAAAGAAGCUUAACAAGGAGGCAGGAAGCCCAUGGUGAAAGCUGUGGGGAAGAGGUUGGGCUUCAGCUUAAGAGAAGUCGGCCUUCUGCUUUGGUUAUACCCUCUGUGCUCUGUGCUUAGGGCCUGUCCACCAGAACGGGGCUUGCCGGCCUGAGACCAGCCUGACUGGGGAAGACAGCGAUGGCUGCUACGUCCAACUACCACGUUCCAGAGUGGAAAUGGCAACGCUGACCACGCCCACUCCUGGGCCAGGCCCUGGUCCUAGGCCCAACCAGGCCAAGCUGCUGGCUAAGAAACGGGUGGUGCGAAUGCUGCUGGUGAUCGUUAUGCUGUUCUUCCUGUGUUGGCUGCCCGUCUACAGCGCCAACACAUGGCGCGCCUUCGAUAGCUCAGGAGCGCACCGAGCGCUCUCUGGGGCCCCUAUCUCUUUCAUCCACCUGCUGAGCUAUGCCUCCGCCUGUGUCAACCCCCUGGUCUACUGUUUCAUGCACCGCCGCUUUCGCCAAGCCUGCCUGGAUACAUGUGCCCGCUGUUGUCCACGACCUCCACGAGCUCGCCCCCGGCCUCUUCCGGAUGAGGAUCCUCCUACCCCCUCCAUCGCUUCUCUGUCCAAGCUAAGCUAUACCACCAUCAGCACCCUGGGGCCUGGCUGAGGGGUUGAGGUAGUGGAGGGUGAGACAAGAUAAUCCCUAAACUGACAUAUCCAAACACAUAAGAAACACAAACCGGGACUGAUUAAUCCUAGCGGACACCCGACCCCAUGGACAGACCCCUACACACAGAAAAAUUGUAUCCUUGCUGCCCUCA